AUGGCCGCAUUUAGUUUCUCCGAGCACUCGCACCGGAGAUACAAUCCUUUAACCGAUGAUUUUGUCUUGUGUUCGCCUCACCGUGCUAAGCGACCAUGGCAAGGGGCCGAAGAAACCGUAGCCAAAAACGAACUGCCGACUUACGAUCCCAAAUGCUAUUUGUGUCCUGGAAAUUCUCGUGCCAGCGGCGGCGUAGCAAAUCCAAAAUACGAGUCGACAUACGUUUUUCCUAACGAUUUUCCGGCUGUUCAAUUGGAUCAGCCUGAAUACGAAGAUGGCGAACAGCUGGACCUGGCAGUUUCACAAUUAAAACAGAAGCUCUUACGUGUCAGUAGCGUGAGGGGCAAAUGCUACGUGAUAUGUUUCAGUCCAAACCAUGCAUUGACGCUUCCAUUGAUGACGCAUUCGGAAAUCACCCUGGUCGUCGACACGUGGCAAAGUCUCUAUUUCGAAACAAAAAGCCAGGCAGAAAAAGGUGAGGCGCCUUUCACGUACUUGCAGAUUUUUGAAAACAAAGGUCUGGCGAUGGGGUGCUCGAACCCCCACCCACAUGGGCAAGCAUGGUGCUUGGAUGUAGUGCCUACAGAAGUGAGCCACGAGCUUGCCAACAUGGCCAAAUACGUCGAAAGAAACAACAGUCAUUUGCUUGCAGAUUACGUGGAGUUGGAGCUAGCUGCAAGAGAACGCAUAGUGACGGAAAAUGAUUCCUUUCUUGUGGUGGUACCCUUUUGGGCCGUCUGGCCAUUUGAAACGCUUCUUUUGGCAAAGACCCACUUGCCCUCUCUUGCAGAGUUUUCCGAAAAGCACAAAGCUGAUUUGGCAGCGGCGUUGAAGACGUUGACAACUAAAUACGAUAACUUGUUCAAGACAUCGUUCCCAUACUCCAUGGGCUUGCACCAAGCGCCUUUAAAUGCCACUGAUGCAGAGAAAAAAUCUUCCUGGUUCCAUAUGCAUUUCUACCCUCCGUUGUUGCGCUCGGCUACUGUGAAGAAAUUCUUGGUGGGAUUUGAGAUGUUGGGAGAAGCACAGAGGGACUUGACAAGUGAGCAGGCUGCAACAAGGCUCUCUGAGUUGGAUGGGGUUGUUCACUACACGAAGGACUUACAUUUGGGAUAA